AUGGGGAAAUUGUGGGAUGGGGUUUCCUUGGAUUUGAGGAACCAAUUUUGGGAGAUUAGAUUCUUCUUCAGCGCCGCAAUCCUCUAUCUUCCCCCGGCGGCACUGCCUGGAAAAACCCCCCCAACCGCGCCGUCGCCAUCCCUGGCCCACGCGGUCUCCCCUGCUUCGGCAGCAUCCUCACCCUCCGCCGCGGCCGCGCGCAUCGCUCCCUCGCCUCCACCGCCUCCGCCCUCAACGCCACCGGCCUCGCGCACCGCUCCCUCGGCCCACCCCGUCUACCGCCCCGCUCCGCAGCCGCACAUCGUCACAUCGUUCAGCCUCUCCCUGCCCGGAACCGAAUCCGCGACUGCACCCGCCGUGAUGGAUUCGGAUCUCGAUCCUCAGCCGCAAUGGGCGGCGGAGAAGCACUUUUUCAGCGCGGAAUUUAUGGGUGUGAUGCAGGAGAUUAUAAGGAAGGAGGUGAGGAAUUAUAUGGUGGGGAUGGAGAUGGAGAAGAAGGGGCAGUACAUGCAGAGUGAUGCGAUGAUGAUUAAUAGCGUAAUUAAGCGGAUGAGGAUGAGCAAGGUUGAUUGA